CAUCACUUUUUUGAUUAGGCAUAAUACGAUCUCCCUCGUCAGAUAAGUCUAUUUGUCGUUGUUGAUAUAGCUUCUACCAAAAUUCAGCAAAUAGCGACACAAAAGAAAUACUUUUUAUAUUAACGCCUUUGAUUUAUUUCAUUAAGGUAUCCAUGUAUAUAUGUACGUGUAUAUAUCAGAAAAUUAUAUUAGUCAGAAGUUCCAGUAGAUACUGUAAGAAGCAUGAAGGAAUGAAAAAUCAAGGUGGCCUCAAACAUAAAGCAUUAUCAAUGAAAAUGAAAAAUGCAGAUGGGUAAAAAUCUUAUUAUAUUGAAAUAAUUUAUUAUUCCAUUAAAACUGAUUGUCGACCAUUUUUAUAUAAACAAUCAUUUUCUUAUUGCAAGCAGUUCGAUCUAAUUCUCUCUCUCAAACAAGGUUAGCUAUUAACUAAGGUAAUCAAGAGACGCACAGAUAACGGAUGUGACAUGGAAAUCCCACAAAUGAAGCUGGGGUAAUUGCAAAAAUUUUCUACUAUGAAAUAAUAGUACCGGAUACACCCUCCAGAUCCGGGUUUACGGGAGGUCAGUGUGACGGGUGGGGAGGGGUCUUCUUUUCACCCUUUGAUCCCUGUGUGCGAGACCUACGUACCGUAACGUAGCCUCCAUUUAUACAUCAAAAUCCAAUGCUGAAACAGAGCAAAACCCAAAAUCAAUGACCAGGUACAUGAAUAUGUGAACCGACGUACAGGUAGCGCUUCCGUCAGUGACAGUCCCAAAUACCUGUUCAAGCAGGCGAUAAAGUUGACCUCAUAUUUGUUUACAUUUGCAGCCCCCUCUAAAUUUCGCAAGUUAACAUGGCUUCUCUAACUGCAGGGAAAAAAAGCGGCACCCCGUCAACAGUUGUUGAAAUAGCUGUAUCAGCAAGGAACAUUAUCGACGCAGACGUAUUCUCCAAGUCAGAUCCAUUUUGUGUUCUUCGAAUAAAAGAACUGGGUGCCGCAGAGUGGAGAGAGGCGCCAUGUGGAAGAACGGAAGUGGUCCAGAACUGCUUAAAUCCAGACUUUGCCAAAAAAUUCACCAUUGAUUAUUACUUCGAACAAAAGCAGCAUUUAAGAUUUGAACUGUACGACCAAGACAGCAAAUCUGCAGACCUUUCAAAACAGGAUUUUCUCGGCUCUUGUGAAACUGCACUGAGUACACUGGUCACGUCAGGCGUGUGUGAGAAACCGAUACAUGGACCCAAGAAGAAUAGCGGGACUAUCAUCUUUGUAACCGAGCAGAUGUCAAGUUGUAAAGAAGAAGUUGAGUUACAUUUCCAAGCCGAAAACCUCGACAAAAAGGACUUUCUGGGCAAGUCGGACCCCUUCCUGAAAAUAUAUAAAGAAAACCAGGAAGAAGAAGGAAAGUAUACACUUGUCCAUACCACCGAAUAUAUCAAAAAGACAUUGAAUCCGGACUGGGCGCCGUUUGUUCUUCAAGUUCGAGCUCUCUGUAAUGGAGAUUAUGACAGAAAAUUACGAAUUGAAUGCUGGGACCACGACUUUGAUGGAGGUCAUGAUCUGAUUGGAGAGUUUACAACAACUCUGAGAGCGUUAUCAAGAGGACGGGGUCCACAAAAUGAAUAUGAGGUUAUAAAUCACAAGAAAAAAGAUAAACGAGGGUCGAAAUACAAAAAUUCAGGAGUGGUCAAGUGCCUCGAUGCCAAAAUCCAAACCAUGGACACCUUCCUUGACUACAUCCAAGGCGGAACACAGAUCCAUGUAGCAUUCGCGAUUGACUUCACUUCUUCUAACGGGGAUCCUUCCGACCCGUCAUCUCUUCACUAUAACAGCACAGAGAGUCCAAACCUUUACGCCAGCGCCAUUCGCGCUGUUGGAGACGUCAUCCAAGAUUACGACAGUGACAAAUUGUUUCCAGCGGUUGGAUUUGGUGCUAACGUCCCUCCGGAUUUUAACAUAUCUCACCAGUUCUCCUUGAACGGUAAAGGUGAGGAAUGUGAAGGAAUCGACGGUGUCAUUCAGGCAUAUUAUGACGCCCUGUCAAGGGUCCAGCUCCACGGACCUACGUGUUUUGCACCAUCCAUCGACUCCAUAGCAAGACAAGCUCAAAAACGAAAAGACGGCAAGGACUACUUCAUUUUACUCAUUUUAACAGAUGGCGUUAUCAACGACAUGCCCGAUACGAAACAAGCCAUAGUAGAAACGCGAUAA